ACUCGUACCGGACAAUUCGAACGUGAGUUGUUUCGAACUUGGAACGGCUGUGGAAUUUUAGAAUUUUCUGGAAAUUGUUGAAACACGAGAGCUGUAUCGUUUCAAUUUCUGUUCACUUCAUUUGCAACUUCUGGUAUAGAGGUUCGGCGAAAAAGUGCUGAAAUUCGUGUAUUUGGGUGAAGUAAGAGAAAUUCUUCAAUUGCGCUCUUUACCAGUUUCUCCGUUUGGAAUUUCUACUGAUAAAUCUUCGCAGCUUAAUGUUUGAUUUUUCUUCAAGCCACCGAGAUUUCAAACCUCUAGUGUUCAAUGCUAUGAGCCAGUAUUAUCUCAACUAUAAGCUCUACUGUUUCUUGCAUUUUCUCGGAAGAAUUAGGACUAACUACUACGUCUGCCAAUUUUUUUAAUACCACUUUUUCUUUAAAAAAAGUGCGAUUUUUGUUACACAUUUGAGAAUUAAAAAAAAGCCCUUCAGCAACGCACAACAUCGUUUGAGAGAACAUUCUGAAUUCUCAGUCGAAAAAGAAUCUUUGGUGAAAUUUUAGAACUGUUGAAAUUAUUAUUCACCAACUAAAGCAACCACUCGUCUUCAAUCCAAUCGAAUACAACUAAUCAAUAAUUUAUAAGAAAGAAAAAAAAUAGAAGCGAGCCUUUUUCCGAGAGAAAAAAAAACUAGCCUGUUCUUUAUCAACCGUGUUCGAAUUCGAAAAAAUAAAAAACUACCAUGCCCAUCCGAGUAUCAGCCACCCUCGCAGAUCCCCCUCAGCUGCAACGACAGGAGGGAAGGAACAGAAGAGGAUGGAACGUCAGAGCCUCGAAUUUUGCAACAGGGACCGUCAAUCCUAUCAGGGUGGUCAUUGAAGAUAUGAAGUUGGCGCCAAAUCCGGAAAAGAAGAUGAUAUCGUUGUCGAUAGGCGAUCCAACUGUAGCUGGUCAUUUGAAACCAUGCGAAGCGAUUCUCAACUCUGUUGAAAAAAGCUUGCAAAGUUUCAAAUAUAAUGGCUACGCGCCAAGCACAGGUCAUCUUGAAGCUCGUGAAGCCGUAGCAAGAUAUUCAACACGCCCGGAAGCAACCAUCGAAGCUAAAGAUGUUGUCUUGACUUCUGGUUGUUCUCAUGCCUUAGAAUUGGCUAUUAGUGUUUUGGCAAAUCCUGGACAAACCAUUCUCGUGCCAAGACCAGGAUUCCCACUUUAUAAAACCCUAGCGGAAAGUUUAGGGAUCAACAUAAAAUAUUAUUCCCUAUUGCCGGAAAAAUCCUGGGAGGUUGACCUUGCUGAUCUAGAGCAUCAAAUUUCUGAAGACACCGCUGCCAUAGUUGUGAACAACCCAUCCAACCCAUGUGGUUCGGUUUAUUCAAGAAGACAUCUUCAAUCUAUUCUCGAAGUGGCCGCCAGAAAUUAUGUACCUAUUAUAGCGGAUGAAAUCUACGAGCAGUUUGUCUUUUCAGAGGAAGAAUUUUAUCCUAUCGCAUCUUUAUCUUUGUCUGUUCCUAUACUUACAUGCAGCGGUCUUACCAAAAGGUUCUUAGUUCCUGGCUGGAGAAUGGGUUGGAUUUUGAUCCAUGAUAGAAAUGAAGUAUUUGGAUCUUCCGUAAGAAAUGGAUUACAGUCUCUAUGCCAAAGAAUUAUGGGAACUAAUACAAUUAUUCAGGGGGCACUGCCCAACAUACUGAAAGACACCCCACAAAAUUUCUUUAAUGAUAUUAUUAUGUCUGUGAAAGUAAACGCAAGUAUAGCCUUUUCUGUGCUGUCCGAAAUUCCAGGUCUUACUCCUGUGAUGCCAUCUGGUGCUAUGUAUAUGAUGGUUGGAAUUGAUAUCAAUACAUUUUCUGGUCUCCGAAACGAUACAGAUUUCGUGGAAAAACUAGUCUGUGAACAGUCUGUGAUGUGCUUACCUGGAGCGUGCUUCGACUACCCCAACUACGUCCGUCUCGUCUUAACUGUACCCGAAUCCGAUCUCCGAGAAGCUUGCAACAGGAUAGCCGAAUUCUGCAAGAAAUACUCAAAAUUUUCUUUCAGCCUCAACCCCAAUUACAAGCCCCUCCACAGCCGUUCCAAUAUCCUAGCCCCCAUCGAAGAAGACUUGCCCUGCUGUGAAAAUAAUAACAAUGGUGUCAUGGAAAGUCCUCAACCAAUCCGCGUGUGAAUCUUUUCAUGCGUGGAUGCCCUUAUAUCACUGUAGUACCUGGUUAAGUUAGUAGACGGAUGUAGAUGCUAGUGUCGUUUUAGUGCAAUCGAACUAAAGCUUCAUAGAUAAAGGAUAUAAGGAUAUUUAUAUUUAUACAACGGAUGUCGCAUUCCCUUUCACUUAUUUAAUGUUUUGUAUUUCGGACUGUAUGGAUGCGAGGAGGACAUGGCAGCAAAAAAGGAUAAACCUUGUAAUAGGGUUUUUGAAAAUACUGGAAAAUGUAUUCGCUAUAUUAAAAUGAACUAAUUUUUGGUGAAUAUGCAUGGUUAAUUUGUACCAUUUCAAAGUGAAGAUUUUUUAAGAAGAUGUGAUGGGAACUUUUUUCAGUUAAUGAAUAUUAUGAAAAUAGGAGCCUACAGUGAUGUAAAAUGAUACAACAUCUUUCAAGAAGAGCGAUUUAAAUAAUUCAAUAUCUCGAAACAUUAUCUCUAUGAACUAUUUAUAUAACAUAAAAGGAGCAGAGUAUUGCCAUUUUACAAUCUAGUUUUAAAUUCAGGAAGAUUGAUACUUCUAUUUAAAAAAAACCCUCCUAAAUAUCUAAAAUUGUUUGGAAAAGUAACUCAUUUUAAUUACUAGUCAAUAUUUACAAUUGAAAGGCUUGCUUUUUUUCUAAUUUGUUAUGUAAUUUAUAAUAUUAUCAUUUUAAGACCUCAAACUCGUAUAUUAUUUUUGACUACAACUCAUAUUUUAGCCACAAUUAUUUUAUAAUUUCGGGAGAACAAAUAAUUUCUAAUGCAAAGAAUGAAAUUUUAGAAAUAAUUUUUUUAAUUGAAAACUUUAUCCUGUAAUUAAACUAUAUCGUUUUAUAUCCGAUUAAAUGCUUAAAUCCUUUUAAAUACCAUUUUCGUGCAUCUUGAAAUAAAGUUCAAGAAUUUACGAAAAAAAAUUACAUAGAAUAUGUAAAUAAAGUAUGAAAAUAACUGAAAUAACCCCCAAAUUCUGACAUUUGAAAAAAAAAAGCAUUUUUUAAAUUUUUAUUUAAAGAACAUUGUUACUCUGUAUCAAUUUUUAGCCAAUAAAAUAUGAAGUGAUCCUUAAGUGGACUCACAUUCUUAUCGAUAAGUUUAAAUAACAUUUUUAUUGACUUUAAAUGUUUAUAAUUUCUAGAAAAAAUUCAACUAACAAAAGGAUCAACAGACAGCGACAGAUAAGAAAAUAAAAAAAAAAUCAUUAUCUGUUAUAUUUUGUAUACUUUACAGAUUAGGCGGCAUUUUAAGAUGCUUUGCUCAAUGAUUUUAUUGAUAACUGAGAAUACGAGUGGUAUAUUGAAAAAAAUCUAUAAUAUUUUAAAGUAAGAAUAGUAAGGCAGACAAAGAAAAAAAUUAUCUGUAAGAGUGGAAGUUUCUCCAUAUGUGAUUGAAAAAAAAUGGAAGAAAGAAUCUGUAGUUUUCAUAAUUGAAGAAUAUAUUAUGUGUAGAAUACGUUUUUCCCUGCAAAAUUAAACUACAAUUUUUUUAAAAACUAAAAUUCAAUUUUAUAAUUAAAUGGAAAUGAAAUUGUGUUUUUAUACUUAAAAUUAGAUGAAAAUAUGUUUGAAAAAAAUUAACAAAUUCCCUGCUUUUAAUUUGUAAUUAUGUUUCAGACUACAAAAAUUAAAGUUCCGUUAUCAACAGUUGGCAUCUUUAAAAAAUUCAUAGUAAAUUAAAAUAAAUAUAUCCAACAGCUAAAAAAUCGUAUUCUACAUUUAGAGUUUCGUACCGUCAUAUAUGUUAAAUGAAUUAAAGUUAAGUUUUCCUUUUCAGAUAGAUAGAUUUAUUUUAGUUUGAUUUAUUUUAGAAAAGUGAUAACAAAUGUUAAGUUAGCAAUUAAUAAUAUAUUUAGACAUUUAUGUUAGUUUUUAGGUACUUUUAGCAUUAACACCUGAUUGUGUAAAAUAAUGUAUAGAAUCUGAUGUGAUCUGUAUAACUAUCUAGGAACUGAUAUGUUUGCAUAUAAAAUGUGAUUGAAAUUAUUAGAUGAAUAAAGUGAUUGUAUUUAGAAUGUCUAUGAAUGUGAUUGAUGUAUAAUCUAGAACUUAAAUAAAUAUUUAGAAGCAUUUA